GAGCUGGAAGAUGGCGGCGGCGCAGGAGGCGAACGGGGCCGGCAGCGCCGUGGUGGCGGCCGGGGGAGGCGGCUCCGGUCAGGUGACCAGCAAUGGCAGCAUCGGGAGGGACCCGCCAGCGGAGACCCAGCCCCAGAACCCGCCACCCCAGCCAGCACCCAACGCCUGGCAGGUCAUCAAGGGCGUGUUGUUCAGGAUCUUCAUCAUCUGGGCCAUCAGCAGCUGGUUCCGCCGAGGGCCGGCCCCUCAGGACCAGGCGGGCCCCGGAGGAGCCCCACGCGUCGCCAGCCGCAACCUGUUCCCCAAAGACACUUUAAUGAACCUGCACGUGUACAUCUCGGAGCACGAGCACUUUACAGACUUCAACGCCACGUCGGCCCUCUUCUGGGAGCAGCAGGACCUCGUGUACGGCGACUGGACAAGUGGCGAGAACUCAGACGGCUGCUACGAGCACUUUGCUGAGCUCGACAUCCCGCAGAGCGUCCAGCAGAACGGCUCCAUCUACAUCCACGUCUACUUCACCAAGAGUGGCUUCCACCCAGACCCCCGGCAGAAGGCCCUGUACCGCCGGCUCGCCACCGUCCACAUGUCCCGGAUGAUCAACAAAUACAAGCGCAGGAGAUUCCAGAAAACCAAGAACCUGUUGACGGGAGAGACAGAAGCAGACCCGGAAAUGAUCAAGAGGGCUGAGGACUACGGGCCUGUGGAGGUCAUCUCCCACUGGCACCCCAACAUCACCAUCAACAUCGUGGAUGACCACACGCCGUGGGUGAAAGGCAGUGUGCCCCCGCCCCUGGACCAGUACGUGAAGUUCGACGCAGUGAGCGGCGACUACUUCCCCAUCAUCUACUUCAACGACUACUGGAACCUGCAGAAGGACUACUACCCCAUCAACGAGAGCCUGGCCAGCCUGCCGCUGCGCGUCUCCUUCUGCCCGCUCUCCCUGUGGCGCUGGCAGCUCUACGCUGCCCAGAGCACCAAGUCGCCCUGGAACUUCCUGGGGGACGAGCUGUACGAGCAGUCGGACGAGGAGCAGGACUCGGUGAAGGUGGCCCUCCUGGAGACCAACCCCUACCUGCUGGCACUCACCAUCAUUGUGUCCAUCGUCCACAGCAUCUUUGAGUUCCUGGCCUUCAAGAAUGACAUCCAGUUCUGGAACAGCAGGCAGUCCCUGGAGGGCCUGUCCGUGCGCUCCGUCUUCUUCGGCGUGUUCCAGUCCCUCGUUGUCCUUCUCUACAUCCUGGACAACGAGACCAACUUCGUGGUGCAGGUCAGCGUCUUCAUCGGGGUCCUCAUCGACCUCUGGAAGAUCACCAAGGUCAUGGAUGUCCGGCUGGACCGGGAGCACAGGCUGGCAGGAAUCUUCCCCCGCCCGACCUUCAAGGACAAGUCCACGUACGUCGAAUCUUCGACCAAAGUGUAUGACGACAUGGCGUUCCGGUACCUGUCGUGGAUCCUCUUCCCCCUCCUGGGCUGCUACGCUGUCUACAGCCUCCUGUACCUGGAGCACAAGGGCUGGUACUCCUGGGUGCUUGGCAUGCUCUACGGCUUCCUGCUGACCUUCGGCUUCAUCACGAUGACACCCCAGCUCUUUAUCAACUACAAGCUCAAGUCCGUGGCCCACCUGCCCUGGCGCAUGCUCACCUACAAGGCUCUCAACACCUUUAUCGACGACCUGUUUGCCUUUGUCAUCAAGAUGCCCGUGAUGUACCGGAUAGGCUGCCUGCGGGAUGCUGCCCUCACCAUCCCUGGCUUCUCCAGCCCCACUCCCACCUUGGGCAAGGCCCGUCAGCUGGACCCGAGACCGCAGGACUUCCCCGUCACUUGCACUGCCACCACGCAGCUCAGGCGUCUCCUUGCUCUUUGUGGUCCCAACCCCAGCCUCCUCCCUGCUUUCCUGCCCCAGUCGCACCCCUCCUAUCCACCCCCCGUGGAGCAGCUCGAGAGGAUUGUGCAGCCCAAACCUGCCAUCCCCUCCCCUGCCCAGAGCUCGCCAUGGCUCCCCAGUAUCCUCGGUGGAAGAGCAGGCUUGUGA